AUGUUGGAGGCGUUGAUGGACAGGAACUUCUCCCACAGCACCUUCGUGUUCAGAGGUUUCCCGGCGCUACAGCAACACCGGCGGCUGCUGGCGCUGCCGUUCUGUGCUUCCUACCUUACGAUGCUGCUGGGAAACUCUGUGCUGGUGUACGUGAUCUGCAGCGUGGCGAGUCUGCACAGCCCCAUGUACCUCCUCAUCUGCAUGCUGUGCGUCGUCAACGUCCUCGGGGCGACCGGCAUCAUCCCCAACAUGCUCCUCAACCUCCUCUUCGGCUGGGACCAGAUCUCCCUGGCUGGCUGCCUGGCUCAGAUGUUCUUCACUCACUUCCUGUCCUCGCUGGAGUCCACACUGCUGCUGGCGAUGGCGCUGGACCGCUAUGUGGCCAUCUGCCAGCCGCUGCGUUACGGCGAAAUCAUCAACUCCUCCAUGUUGACGAAGCUGCUGCUCUUCACGUUGGCCCGCAGCGGCUCCAUCAUGGCGACGCUGGUCGCUUUGGCGCGUUCGCUGCGGUUCUGCGGCUCCAACACGAUCCGGCACUGCUACUGCGACCACAUGGCGCUGGUCAGCCUGGCGUGCGACAGCACGGAGAGAAACUACGUGGUGGGCCUCGCCGUGAUCAUCUGCUUUGUUGCCGUGGACACCCCGAUCAUCUUCUUCACCUACAUGAAGAUCCUGAGCGUCGUCAUGCAAGCGUCUGAGGCCAGCGAGGACCGCUGGAAGGCGUUUCACACCUGCGGCACUCACCUGAUGGUCAUCAUGUGUUUCUACUUGGUGGGCAGCGUCUCCUUCCUCUCGCCCAGCCUGAACAUCGCCAUACCGACGGACGCCAACACCUUCAUGGGACUCAUGUAUAUUCUGCUCCCGGCGACGGUCAACCCCGUCAUCUAUGGAGUUCGCACUAAAGAAAUUCGAAACGGUUUUUUGAGGAUUAUUAAGAAAAAAAUGACGGUGAAAGUUUCUCCUGCUGGAAAAGGUUCAAACAUGUGA